CGGAGGACACUGAGGCAGAGAGCGGUGGCGGCGCUUCCAGCGGUGCAGCAGUGAAGGACAAGCCCCCUCUCCGCUCGGAGAGGCUGUCCCCCGGGAGCAUGCUGACCGUGCUGCUGCUGUGCUGUGGGCUGCUGCAGGGGAUCCAGGCCGUCCUGGAGCUCAGGACCGCCGAGCUCAGCUGCGGCCACGUGCAGAAGGCGAGCGGCGGGCUGGAGGGGGCGGACAGAGCCCGGCAUACCAGCCUGCAGCGGAGAGCCCAGGAGGCGCCUGCAGAGCCGCAGGGACCUCUCCCCAGGCUGGGGUUUGAGCAGAUGGCCCUGGAGGUACAAGAAGCCGACGGUGACCUCGUGAGGAGAGGUGGCGCGCUGGAACCACAGCCCUCCUCCACGGAGCUGCAGGCUGCGGGCCGUGAGGAGCGCUCCCCCCGCCGCUGCGUCCGCCUGCUGGAGUCCUGCCUGGGCCACCAGGUGCCCUGCUGCGACCCCUGCGCCACCUGCUACUGCCGCUUCUUCAACGCCUUCUGCUACUGCAGGAAAAUCAGCACCAACUUCCCGUGCGGCAAGAACUAGGGCUGCUCCCUGCCCACGCGUGCGCCUCCCCCUCCGCAGCUCCAAUAAACCAGCCCUU